AUGGAAAGCUGGCUCACGUCAUCAACGCGGGAUUUUGUUCUCGAGGGCACUUGCGAAGAGGCCUCCAAGAAGGAAGUCUUCGACCAAUUCAACACCAACGUUUUCGGCGCCAUCAAAGUCGCCCACGCCGUUAUAUCUUACCUCCGAGCCCAACCAUGCAGCGUAAUCGCCAACUUCGGCUCUAUCGCCAGCUGGGGUGGCUUCCCUGCCGCUUCCUUCUAUAACUCUAGCAAGUGGGCCAUCAGCGGCUUCACAGAGUCCAUUCCAGUCGAGCUUGCGGCCUUUAAAAUCAACUGCACUGUCAUGGUGGACGUCCCAUUCCUGGCCCCAAACUCCGUCGAAUGGACCCGUGAGAUCAGUUCAUACAAUAUCCGGCUAAACUGCACGCCUGCCGCGGUUGCCGUCCCUCAAUCUAUCAAUCAGAUCCAGGCUGCUGUCUCGUGUGGCAUCAAGAACCACGUGCGUGUCAGCGCCAAGGGCGGCGGCCACAGCUUUGGAUCAUUCGGGCUCGGUGGUGAGGAUGGGCAUCUCGUGAUUGAGCUCUGUCACAUGCGCCAGAUUACGCUGAAGGACGACAACACUGCCAAGAUUCAGCCUGGUGCGAGGUUGCUAGACGUUGCAACUGAACUCUACAGUCAAGGACGCAGGGCCAUUUCCCACGGCUCAUGCCUAGGGGUCGGCAUCGCAGGACACGUCCUACAUGGUGGCUUUGGCUUUGCCUCGCGAACCCAUGGCCUCGCACUGGACUGGCUGAUCGGGGCCACCGUCAUUCUCGCCGAUGGCUCAGUCCUUCAUUGUUCGGCUACCGAGAAUAAAGACCUCUUCUGGGCCCUUCGCGGGGCUGGGUCAUCCUUUGGCAUCGUUGCUGAAUUCGAAUUCGAGACCUUCGCUGCGCCUGACAAAGUCACUCCCUUCGACGUCGAGCUGUCCUGGGACCAAGCCAGUGCGGUUGCGGUGAUCGGAGCUCUGCAAAGAUUCGCAGCCUCUGCUCCUAAAGAACUAAACUUGAUGCUUGACAUAACGCCAACCACUAAAACCAUCUCGGGCGUGUAUUACGGAGAUCAGACCGACGCAAACGAGGCGCUGCGGCCACUCCUAGAUGGUGUUGCUGGAAACUUCUCGGCUGCGAGGACGAUAGGAUGGAUCGAGGCACUCAUGCACUUCGAUGACCUUCCCCCGUUAGAUCCCCACGAGCCGCAUGACACGUUCUAUGCAACCAGUUUCAUGACCAGUGCCCUCACUGUAGGCCAAGCCCAGUCGCUCGCGGCGGCCCUCUUUACUAAUACCAGCAAUCUUUCUGCCCACGAUUCCCUGUACCUGAGCGUGGAAGCACACGGCGGCAACAACUCGGCCGUUGCUGAUGUCUCUCCAUCUGCCACCGCAUACGUCCACCGUGAUAAGCUGCUCCUCUUCCAGUUGUUUGACGGAGGAGUCGGUGGCCACUACCCCGAGGAGGGUUUCUCGCUCCUUGGGGCGAUUCGGGAGAGCGUCACAGGUUCCAUGGCAGAAGGACGCUGGGGAAUGUACGCAAACUAUAUAGACACCGAACAGGAUGCCGAAACCGCGGCAAGGCUGUAUUGGGGAAACAAUGUGCCACGGUUGCAGAGGAUUAAGGCGGAGCUGGACCCCAGGCAGGUGUUCUGGAACCCUCAGGGAAUCCAACCGAUAGGGCACUCUUUUACGCUGCAGCCAAUGAGGCACGAUUAUAAGUGGUCGGCAUAA